CGAGCGUGUUUAAAGCGCAGCUGUCUGGCUGGACGCAACCUGUUCGGAUCGUCGGAACUUCAUAAAUACGCCGCGUAGUAAUGUGUGUGAAAGACUGCUUUCAAAAGAAAUUAUUAUAGUCUGUGUGACGAGUCUAGUCCGUCUACAAGAGCUUUAAGCGUCAUUCGUUCACUCCGCGUCUCUUGUGGAUAAAACACCGCACCGAUCGCGAUUCUUCUUGUAUUUCUACAGGUUUCAUCCUCAAAUGCCAGACACGACGAUGCGGGUCCUGUGUUUCCUGUCCCAUCUCAUUUUGUUGCAGUUACUGUGUGGGUCUCUGAGCAGCGGAUGUCCUCAGAUAUGCACGUGCAACCCCAAUAACUACAUCUUAUGCGUCCAGCGGAACUUGGUCUACAUGCCUCGUGGUCUCCCCUCCUCCACGAAGGACCUCUAUUUGUUUCAGAACAACAUCAACACCUUGAAAAAGCAGGAUUUCAUAGAGCUUGAGCAGCUAGUAAUGCUGGACCUGAGUCAGAAUAUCCUCAGUGAAAUCCCUGAUGGGGUUUUCAAAUCACUGUCUUCCUUAAAAAACCUGGAUCUCUCCUCAAACCGCAUCACCCAUAUUUCCAAAGACUGUUUUAAGGGGCUGCUUAACUUGGAAAGGCUGUAUCUCUACAACAACCAAAUUCGGAGUAUUCACCCAGCUGCUUUUGAGGGAUUGGAGAACCUACUGGAGCUAAAGCUUCAGGGCAAUGAAAUUAGUGUGUUGCCAGCUCUUCGACUGCCUAGACUGCUCCACCUGGACCUUAGUUAUAACAGUAUCCCACCGCCACGACUUGAUGAUCUACAGACCCCGCACCUUGAGUCCCUUAAAGUAGCUGGAUUGGGUCUGGUCAGUCUGGAUGAGGGACUGCUUAAAAGUCUGGUGAACCUACAUGUUCUGGAUGUCUCUCAGAACAAGCUUCAGGAGAUACAACCUACACUGAAGGCAAUGGCAGGCUUACGAAACCUCAAUUUAUCCGGUAACCCUUUGGGUUCCCUUAAACGAGAGGACUUCAAAAAUCUGGUUUAUCUGUCAGAACUUGACUUGAGCAGUCUUAACUUGCAUGGUUUCCCCGACAGAUUCUUCAACCUUUUCCCCAGACUCGAGCAACUAACCGUAGCUGAGAACCCCUUUAACUGCAUCUGUCCUCUGGCUUGGUUACCUGCAUGGCUGAAGGAUGCAAAAGUUCAGUUGUUGAGGACUAAGGAUACUCGUUGCCACUUUCCUCCAAUAAAUUCAGGCAAGGAAUUGGCAAUGCUGGAGCAUAAAGAUUUUGGCUGUCCCACAACGACUAUUGAAUUAAUAAGUGCAGGGACAAGCAGUACCACAAACAAGCCAACAGACCCUACUACACCAUCAGGUACAACGCAUGCCAUUCCCCCUCCACCACCAAGUAAGAUGCCUUUUAUAGACAGCGACAGCCUCCUUCCCUCUCAUACCACUGCCUCCCCCAGCAGAAUCAUAGAGGAGCCUGAGGAAGAAGAACAAGAAGAGCUUAUGUGCCCUUCCAGUAUUUGUCUUAAUGGUGGAACAUGCAAAUUUGACUCAUAUGGACAAUUUAUUUGCCUGUGUCCACCUCACACAUUAGGACACUACUGUGAGGUUCAAAACGAGGCUCGACCUCCUCCAUCUUCCCCAAGAAUUUCCAUCGAAGCCAUUGCAACAGUUCAGCCCAAAACAAUCAGCUCCCAUCAUGUAACCAGCACUUCCAUUACACUAGACCUUCACCGCUACAUCGAGACACGGCCACAAAUCCGUGGUGUUCGUCUGACUUAUAGGAACUUGUCCGGCCCUGACCAGAGGCCGCUGUCGCUAAAUGUGCCUGCAUCCUACCCUGAGUACACACUCAGAGGGCUUCAGUCCAAUAGCACUUAUUCUGUAUGUGCUAGCCCACUGGGUGAACCUAUCCAUUCUUCCAUUGAUGCCUGCGUGGAGGUUCGCACAGCAAAUACACCGCCACCCUCCCAUGAACCCAGCGUUGACAAGACUGAACCGUCAUCCUCUCUCAUACCCAUCGUGGUAGCCGUUGCGGUGGUGAUGGUUGCAGGUAUUGUAGCCGCUGUGGUGGUCAUCCGUCGCAGGAAGAGAUCCAAGGCUCCUAUAGAAAUGGGUUUACAUGAGACCUCCCCUCUGGAGUUGGAGGGAGUCAAAGCCAAUCCAGAGAAUGGGGUGACGCAUUCAAAACAACCCGACAUUACACCCUGCCCAUCUUUAACUCUCAACAGCUUAGAAUACGAUGCACUGUUAAUACAAGGACAGUGUCCAGCCAACAACAAUUUAGGCUGCAAUAAACCCUCUUAUGUGUAAAAGCCAUAAUGUGCUACUCAUACCACCACUCCAUAUGGAGCAACGUGCUCCGUGACUCCUGCAGGCGGGUGGGAUGCCAACACCAGAUAGACUCUGGUUGGUUGGUGAACAUUUUAAUGCCUCCCGGCCAAAUGCAAGUUCAUACUGACUUUCAGUAUUUAAACUAGGUGCCUUUUAUUACAGCAAUAUUAGAGCUUAAUGAGGAUUUCUCUCUCAAAUGAAAGAAAUUGCUGGAGAGUAGUGUUCCUAGGAUAUAAAACAGGACGCUUUAGAGGUAAAUUGUGUGGCUGGCUCUUCAAGCGAUAGAUAUGAGUCAAACGUUCUUGCCUGGACGCCUGGACAUCUUGGUCCAGAAAAAAAUGCACUGAUCGAAAACACUGUGGGAAAGAGGUGCUUAUUAGCUGAACCUCUAAAGAGAUGCUUCAACAUCAAAGCAGCCCCUACCCUCCUCCGUCCUGCACAAGAGAUUAUUUGCUGUGAAAAAGUGUAAUGAAGAGACAGUUUUCUAACAUUUAGUUUAUACAGUUUGCUGAAGCUGAUGUUUUGAAAUUCUCAUUUUUUGUAUUUUUAUGACAUUUAUGAAAUUAUGUGUUUGUUUCUGUUGAAACAAGGGUCCAAAAUUAACAUUCCCCAAGUGCCAUAUGUGAGUACAAACUGACAUUUUCUUGAGUAAAUAGACAUCGGUUCAUCGCUCCAACCGACAGAUCAUUUUAUUUUUUUAACUAAAUUAUUAUCAUACUAAUCAACUAAAAUGUAAUAAUGAUAAAUUUGUAGUUGACCAACACAAAAACAUUCCCAUAAGACCAAAAAUAUAAUUUAAUUAAAAAUAUGCAAGACAUUAAGUGCAUAUUUCAGUAUUACAUGAGAAACAUUACCGUUGGUACGUUCUCUCAAUUCACACACCAUUGGCACAAAGUUAAUUUUGGAUCCUGCUUGAGACUGUAGCAUCUUGUUCUUACUCUUCUGACUUGAGCGCAACAAGUUAAAAUGACUUUUCUUUUUCUGAAUGAAAACAAACACGCUAUACUUGUGCUUAGUUCGGCGAACGUCUGGCAAAGAAACACUUUGCGAGACUAUAAACACCCACAGCCAUUUUGACCUCAAACAAAUUCCACACAUUGACAAACAGACUGGUACUAUAUAAGGAGAUGGAUAACAAACGCUUUCAGCAAAGCUGUUUUUUGAUGUGCCAACGUUCUAAAAAUGUCCCGUAGCCAUAAUUCAAACAGAGACCUAAAAGAGAGAAACUAGAAGGAAGGAUUCAAAGCAAGGUUUUGUUUUUGUAUGCGUUUCCAAGCUGAGCCCAGUUUAUGCCACACAACGAAUCAAAGCCAGAUGGCUCGGAUCACCAGACCCAAAACGUACACAAAGUGCUGUGGCGGCACCAUGGUAAAGUGAUGGUAUCAGGUGGUAAUGCAUGGUACUUAGAUAUGGAACUGAGUGAUUUUGAUCUUCACAUUCAAACAGGGUACUUAUUUAAAAAAAUAUGUUAUUACCAUGGAACUUUUUUAAUCUUUGAGACUGAAAACAGCAGUUUUGUUGUACUCCUGAAAUGUUCAUUUGAAACAGCCUUCACGUGAAUCUUAAACUUUUAAUAAUGAAAGUAAUAACCAUGGUAAGCCUUUUUUCUUAAAAGAGACGUGCUCUGUGAAAGCUCAAAUGUGUCCAGACCAAAUGUACAGUAGAGUUGCAUGUUUAUGUGCAUUAUCUUGUGGUUGUGUAAAGGGGAAAAGAGCCAAUACUCAUAUCCAAAGUGAGAAAAGGUAAAUUGUCAAAAUUCUUUUUUUAACAUGCAACUUUCAUAUUUAUGAAAGUAUGAAGUAUGUGCACUGAAGACGCCAGCGCUUAGCACAUCCAAACAUUUGAACUGGAAUGAGGUGCAGCUUUACACAGCAUGAGGGGCUUCAGAUAUUUGAAAUAUUUUCAAACCUUUAUCAAGUUCCAUGCUUAUCUUGGGAUGAUUGCUGUUUUUGUCUUUUGUUGUGCCAAGUUUUGAUAUUUUUUUUGUUUGUAAAAUUUGAAUCCUUUGGAAGAAAAUGUGAUGUAUUUUGAAAAAAAUAAAAUAGAAAAAAAUCUCA